AUGUACGUCAACGCACUUGCUGCUCUGGUCCUCCUCACUCCGGCCCUGGCCAACCCGGUCGGCUCUGAUUCAACCGACAAUUGGAGCGAUUCCACCGAUUCCGAUCUCUCUGCUCUCUCCGACUAUGCGGAUAACCUCAUUGUACCCACUGUAUCUGUCCCAGAUUCGAUCUUGAGUGUCCUGGAGACAGCUGUCCCUGUCUCAUGGUAUGAAGAAUUAAUGGACCCCUCCUCCUAUGCUUCUAUCAUGAGCGAUAUCGAAGCUGGCACCUUUCCAGCCUGGUAUAUUGCUCUUCCUAGCAGUGUAAAGGCGUGGGCAAUUUCUGAGGCCGAGCUUGACUUUCUCAGCAUCACCGAUGCAGGCUCAAUCUCAAGCGAAGCGACGGUUGCGCCUCAAGCCACCGCGAAAACCACCCCUCUGAAUGUUGCGGUCACGAACACCGCUGCAGCCAUCGUGAGCUCAGUGGCACCUACGUCGGAUGUUGCCUCCAGCUCUAGCGCUAAAUCGACCUCUCACCUGUCAUCCGAAGCGUCAUCUCAAGCAUCCUCUUCUUCUGCACCUGCCUCAUCUGCGACUUCAAGUGGCGGUGCUCCCGUGCCUACUACUGGUGUUGCUAUGGGUCUCGCAGGUAUUGCCGGUCUGUUGGGUCUUGCCAUUGCCCUUUAA